AAUCAAAAUGGCUGAGCAUCCAAGAGCAGAAACAUUUGUUUUGUGACAUGGAGGAAUCAUGAAAAAGAAAUUAUUUAUUUAUUACAAAUUUGAACGUUACAAUAAUGGACAAAGAAAAUGAUACUGAACGUCCUAUUAAUGUACAUUUGUCAAGUACAGAAGAUGAGCAAUUAUUACACACAUCAGGAGAUAUUGGAAACUAUUUUCAGGAUGAAGGGGGAUCUCUAAAUUUUUUUACAAGAGUUGAUUCAGCCGAAAUAAUAUACCAUGAAAGGCCGAAAAAAGCGAAAAUAAUUGGAAAUUACCUAAUAGGCCAUGUUCUCGGUGAGGGAUCUUAUGGCAAAGUCAAGGAGUGCUUGGACACGGAAUCUCUUUCAAGAAGAGCUGUGAAAAUACUUAAGCAAAGACAGUUGAAGAGAAUCCCGAAUGGGGUUUCAAAUGUAAAAAGAGAAAUAAUUUUAUUGAAAAAGUUACACAACAAACAUGUUAUCAAAUUAUUCGACGUAUUUGUCAGUGAAGAGAAACAAAAGAUUUAUUUGUUUAUGGAAUAUUGCGUUGGAAGCCUUCAGUCGAUGCUUGACAACGUUGAAUCCAAAUGCUUUCCGCUAUGGCAAGCUCAUUUAUAUUUUGUUCAGCUGAUUGAUGGGGUAGAUUAUCUUCAUAGUAGAGGGAUUGUUCAUAAGGAUAUAAAGCCACCCAAUUUAUUAUUGAGCCUCGAUGAAACUUUAAAAAUAACAGAUCUCGGCGUUGCUGAGGAAUUGGAUAUGUAUUCAAAGGUUGAUUGCUGUUCUCUUUCCCAAGGAUCUCCUGCAUUCCAAGCGCCUGAAAUAGCUGACGGUGCUGAAUAUUUUUCGGCUUUCAAGGCUGACGUGUGGUCUUGUGGUGUCACUCUGUUCAAUAUUACAACCGGUAAAUUACCUUUUAUGGCGGACAAUAUUUACAAAUUAUUUGAAUGCAUUGUUAAGUGCGAAUAUACCAUUCCUGAAUUGGACAGUCCUCAUUGUACCGACUGUAUUAAAGGUAUGUUAAAGAAAGAUUCGACAGAGAGAUUUUCCAUUAAAGACAUUAAAAGUCACGAAUGGUACAGACGAAAAUUAGGACGAAGCAAAGAGUAUGUACCACCACCACCAUAUAAUAAGGAUGAUAUGUUGAGGCGUAUGAGCGUAAUUCCAAACUUGGAGAUACUUUAUAUGGAAGAAUCAGCUGAGUCUGAAACUGAAGUUGAAUUACAACAUGUGGAGGAUUAUAAAAAAGCAUCUCGUCAACACUCAAAUGAUAAUAAAAAGAAAGGUUCCAGUGUUAAAAAUUUCUCUGGUAGUUUCUGCAAAUUAUCAUAACCAGUAAGGCGCUUCAAACACAAAACAGUGGAAAUAUUGUUGGCGAAUGUAGGACUAAACUGACUUUGAUGUUUGAUUUCAUUUAUUGAAAACUUAUCAGUUCCUGCAGCAAAUUUAUCUAUCGGUGCUAUAUUUUUUUACGAAAAAGAAACCGAAUGUAAACGACAAUUGCAAUGUCUCACCGCCUAUGAUUAAAACUCCAGGUUUUUGUUGAUCACUUGUAGAAAGUGUUUGUGAUUCGAAUAUGGAGAGAGGAAUAUUUGAAAAAAAAUUAAUAAAGCAGGUGGUGAAAAUAUUAAACUGCAACAUUUUAGUACAUUGUAUUUCGAUUGAGUUUGUAUUAUUUUAUGUUGUUUAGAAUUUAUUCGUAGGAUAAGUUUUGAACUAAAUAAAGCUUUUUAAAAAUUGCUUUUAAGUGUUGAAAUGUGUUAUUCAAAUAAGAGCUUCUCCUUUAUUUAAAAGGAUAUAAACAUAGUUUAUAGCCUUUAAGUUUAUGAAUUUGACAACGUAAAUUAUAAUAUUUGCCAAUUCCAUUGUGAUUGUUGUCCGCUUCCUAAUUUACUAGCAGUAAUGUGUAAGGCGUAUAUCAUAUAUGCAUUACAAUCUAUAUAAUGUAUACAUUGCCCGUACAAGUCCGCCUGGAUUUGCACAAAAUGAAAGCUCAUUAAAAACGAAUACGAUAUUUUUCCAAGCUAAUAAUCGUAAGAAAAACUGAGGGUCUGUAAUUCAAAUAGACCUUGCCACAUACGAUCUUUCGAAGUCUAUUGAUUUUUUUUAGCUCAACUGAUCUCAAACAAUGCACAUAUAAGCGUAUGACCGCCGGCGUAUAGAUUGUUUUACGACUUAAGUAUUUUAUGUUGCAUUCUGCUGGGUAGAAUAGCAUGCUAGGCGUUGCCGCAAUGGAACAUGUAGAAACCAACAAACGGACAGGCGGUUGUUAGUUUAUAAUACGUAUGAUUAUGAGGAAUUAGCGAAGGAGUCAAUGAUAGAUUAUAUAAUGCAAUAAACAUUUACAGUUCUUACUCGGUAGAAAACUAGUUCCAAUAAUUUAUCUUCGAGGUAUUAACACUCGACUAUUAACAGCACAUACGCUCUUACCCCAAGGCCUACUUAAACGACAGUAACGCCGACGCUUUUAUUGAUGCUGUGACAGCACACAAAAGUAUCGAUUCCUUAUCGAUUGGUGGAUCACUACAGAUCAUCUUUUUAAAGUUUAUCCUUUUUUUAUAGUUUAAGCUAUUUUAAAGUUACUUUAAAAUCUCUUUAUUCUCUCCGCUGAUUAUGUAGACGUUGUGCUUCUUAUCAAUCAACGCCCUUGUCCGUAUAUGGUAAUUGUAGACAAUAUAUAAUUAGAGAAAGCCUGGUGCUAUUGGCGCCACAAAAGCUAUAGAGACGCCUUUAAAAACAUUUAUAUCGAUUUUGAGCAAGCGUCUAUAUAC